UCAAGAAGUUAUUGCACGUAACAGUCCUGUUGAUAGAUUCUGUUCCUUUUUUUACCAUGAAACAACAAAUGGUAACGAUGGUCAUCCGUAUGAAUGAUUAAUCUGCUUGGUGGAAGGGUAAACCGUUGUUUAUCUAUCUGCAGUAUUGAUGACAUCCAAUAGGUGGCGUCACAGUACAAGGUGAAGAAGAACAAGAUGGCUGCCCGUGGGCUGCGUCUUCUGCGAUUUCGGUCUUUCUUGCGUGAUUUCUCCGCUCCCAAGAGGUGUUUACCUGAGCGUUUUUACACUGGUGUACAGAGGGUACCUGGCUCAGAGGGACGUCCAUCUAUCCUGGCCAGACCCUUGAUGUUCUCAUGGGUGGGACAGCAGCAACAGGCACGAACCAUGUUUAUCCAGACGCAGGAGACUCCCAACCCCAACAGUCUUAAGUUCCUACCAGGCUGUGAGGUACUAGAGACAGGAACAUUUGACUUCCCCAACCACAGCGCAGCACAUGCUUCUCCUCUGGCAAGACAACUGUUCAGAAUUGAGGGUGUGUCUGGUGUGUUCUUCGGGAGGGAUUUUGUCACUGUUACAAAGCUGGAUGAUGACACGUAUGACUGGCAGAUUCUCAAGCCUGACAUCUUCGCCACCAUCAUGGACUUCUUUGCCAGUGGACUGCCCAUCCUUACAGAUGAGCCCCCUCCAUCUGAUACAGUAAUCCAUCCAGAUGAUGAUGAGACAGUACAGAUGAUUAAAGAGCUACUGGACACCAGGAUCAGACCGACAGUGCAGGAGGAUGGGGGAGACAUAGUGUACGUAGGGUUUGAUCAGGAAUCGGGGAUCGUGAAGUUGAAGAUGCAGGGGUCGUGCUCCAGCUGUCCGAGCUCCGUCGUCACGCUGAGAAGCGGAGUACAGAACAUGCUGCAGUUCUACAUACCAGAGGUGCAGGGGGUGGAAGAGGUGGAAGACGAAGUGGACAGUAUUGCAAAAGAAGAGUUUGCCAAGUUUGAGGAGAGAAUGAAGCAAGACAUACAGGGCAAGAAAGGAGCUGAAGACUAGAGAGUCCCGGAAAUCUUUCUCUCACUCUCAGUCUCCAUAACAAUUUUCUGAACAGAACAUCCAGACAUGGAAAAGUUGUUCCAAACUUCUUUAUUUGUACAUACUUGGAGUGUUCCUAUAGCAUGAUUGCAAUCAAGCGGGUUAAAGAAAGAAUAUCCUUACCACAACGGACAUUAUUCUUGGAAAAGCACAGAUGAUUUUUGCCAUUUUUUGCCAGCUGUUCUAUGCCCUAUAUUUUGAUAUUCACAGAUUCACAGCCUGUGUAAGGAUGAAAAACUGCCCUGGAGAGCAAUUGGAAUUUUCAUAUAUCAUUUCCAGAUACAUGUACUGGGCCAAGUUGGAAUUGAGUAUUGCUACUGUCAGGGAUAUGGACAGGAAAUUGUAAAGCAGACAUUCAAUGUCAUUGGAUUGAAAUCUUGUUUUGGGGAAAAGUAUUAUAAAAUUCUGUAUGUGUGAAUGGAAAGCUGUGGAUAUGGUAAUAGAAGUUUUUAUAAUGUGUACAUGUGUACAAUUCAAGAAACAGUAACAGAAAUAAAGAGUAUUGUCACCACA